UUCGUGCUUGCCAAGCGUUCAAAUGAAUAUUCACCGAUCGCCCAAGCGUCCAGAUGAACAGCAGCAAGAUGGUUUCCGCUCGAUGUUUAUUGGUUUUCCUUAUAUGUGUUAAUAUUUCGCCAUCAUUUGGAUGCGGGCGAAAAGAGAGACCACGCGACCACGCACCUCCGUCGAUAUCCAGUUGUCCGAGCACCCUUCGUUACGAUGCUGACUCAUUGCAGAUGUUUUCCUCCAAAGUUCAGUGGACAGAACCAACGGCAUGGGAUUCCACGGUUGGAAAUGUCGGGGUAAGGCGCACACAAGGACUUGGUCCAGGCCAGAUAUUUUACGGCGGUAAUCAUACGAUCGAAUACAUGGCUAAAGACAACAGCGGCAACACAGCAACCUGUCGCUUUAUCGUUACGGUAGUGGUAAAGAAUUGCAAACGCUGGUCAAGCUUUCCCCAUGGAAGGAUGUCUUGUGACCCGUCCAACAUAAUGCUCGUGGGAACUGUUUGCAAGUUCAACUGCCACCCUGGCUACCGUCUUCAGGGUUCGAACACAACAGAAUGUCAGGCACAUGACCAAUGGAGUAUUUCCAGUCAGCCUGUUUGCAUACCUUUGACAUGCGAUCGACUGUUUCCAGCAGAUAGGUACACCAGUAUAUUCUGCAUAGAUGCGUGCAAUUUCCAAAGCGUAUGUCAGUACUCGUGCACUAAUGGUUUUGACAUUCUACCGGGUCACGGUCGUGUGCGCACGUGCAAUGCAAGUGGGAAAUGGACGGGAGAAGAACCCAUUUGCCAAGAUGUCACUCCACCAGUUUUCACACAUUGCCCCUCUGUGCUCGUAUUCUACGCUGGAAAGUCAACUGAUGCAACUAUGGUUCAUUGGCAAGCUCCUGUGUACACGGACAACGCUGGACUAGGGGGGACAACCUCCCGUCAAGACAAGGGUCCAACUUCUAGCACAGCGGUACAGUUGGGCGAAUACAAGGUGGUUUAUCAGGCGUGGGAUGAUGCGAACAACACCGCAACUUGUGAAAUACAAGUGACAGUGAAACCGAUUACGUGUCGCAGUUUAUACCCGCGCCCGUACACGAAGAUCACGUGCCCCGAUGGGAGGCGCUAUGGCGCACAGUGCGAGUUUAAUUGCAAGGAAGGGGCGGUUCUUAAAGGUGAAAGCACAGUACACUGCGAGGCGUUCAACGCCAGUGGGGUAUGGUACGGGAAAUGGACGUUUGGACUCACGCAACCUUACUGUGAACCUGAAGCAAAAUGCCUACGUCCCACUCCUCCGGAACACGGUGCGCUCUCGUGUGACACGUGGGCAGGUGGCGCGUAUUGCGUGCUGCAGUGUCAAAAGGGAUACGUAAUCGAGGAUUGGGAGUUCGAUCCCCUUAUCAUGUGCAGCGACACCCGAGGAGAGUUCUUAGGACUAGACGAUGACGGAACACUUCCAAAUUGUGCAGUGGAAUCCGGAAACUCCUUUUUCGACUACAAGCUAGAGGAGUACUAUUACUACGUCGGCGACUGUACGGCAGCCAGGGACCAGAUUAAACAGAACUUCAUCAAAAGUAUUUUGGCGAGUCUGGGAAACGUUUGUUCUACCGUCAACUGCAGUACUUCCUACGUUGAGGUUGACUGUUUUAAUACGACCGACCCUGGCAGAAAACGCCGUUCGACAGAAAGUACCGUAUUGGUAUCGGUGGUUCUUACAGUGUCAGUAGAAGGUCCGAACAAACUGUCACCAGCAGACAUAAUAAUGAUGAAAGAGCAGAUUCACAAGACGCGUGCCGAAAACAACGACGGUCUCCAUCUAGAGCAAGGGAGUUUACUCCAGUUUAUUUCAGUCAGUGUGAGUAACCCGGAUGUCACAUGUCCGCCAGGAUCAUACUCGGAUAGAUCCACCCUCAAAUGUGUUUUGUGCUCGAAGGGAACAUACCAUGACGUGGACGCAAACAAAUGCAGAUCCUGUCCAAGGGGCCAGUAUCAACCCACAUCCGGACAGACUGCGUGUCUCGCGUGUCCGGCCGGACAAAGUACACCGGAUGUAGCCUCAGUUGAUGCGAACCAAUGCGUUGAUGAGUGUCCACCUGGCUAUGUGUCACCAACAGGGACAAAACCCUGCUCCAUGUGUGAAGUGGGUACAUUUAACCCGUCGAACGGACAAACACAGUGUAAUAUUUGCCCAGGCUCUAUGGCAACACCACCGAAUUUUGCGGCAACUACAUCGGAUGACUGCUUUGAUUUUGACCUGGGGUUUUUAAGCGAUACAUAUCCCUAUGCGAACGCAUCUGUACUCUUCACGCCCACGUCACAUUGUACGAGCCUCUACCUGAGCCUCUGGAUGAAGUGCAGCAUGUGUGACCGCAUCUUGGAAAUCACUGACGCGCACGAGCAAUCCGCGCUCAGAGUAGAAACUCGGAAUGGAUUUGUUUACAUUUCAAUUCGUGGCUGUGAGCUGUCGGUUCCUGUUUAUGAAUACCUUGAUUCCUAUCGAUGGCACCACAUGGCAUUUGACAUCACGAUACGUAACAUCACUAUCGCAGUGGAUGGUACUAACCAGCAAUCCACAAAUACAUGCGGCAAUGAGACGAUUUUAGAACCAGCCGAUUAUAUGUUGAUAAUAGGAGGUCAUUCGUAUGUCGGAAGUGUUACGAAGCUGAAUAUAUGGGACACGCGUUCUGGGAGUAUGGAGAUGAAUUCUGAGCCGAGCUGUUCAGAUGAUAAACUUGGCAAUCUGGUUGCAUGGAAACAAUUCCAGCAAGCUGAAGGCCCCGUACUACAAACUGUCAGCCAAUGCGACGAUGAAGACAACUGCGAAAGUUCCCCUUGCCAGAACGAGGGCAUAUGCCUAGACCGACGCGAUACAUUCACAUGCACGUGCAAGAAUGGCUUUACAGGAGACAUGUGCGAAGUGAAUAUCGAAGAUUGUGUAGGACACUCAUGUCAAAAUGGCGGUUUGUGCCUGGAUGGAGAAGCAUCGUACACGUGUCUCUGCAAAUCCAAAUUCACCGGAGAGUUUUGCGAGGCAAUGAUAGUUGACGGCGGCUGGACCUCCUGGGGAUCGUGGGGACCGUGCUCAGUCACGUGUGACUCCGGACAACAGACCCGUGGACGGGAGUGCUCCAGCCCGGAACCAGAGAACGGCGGUGCAAAUUGUAUAGGGUACGCGACGGAUUCCCAGAUUUGUUCCCCGACCGAUGCAUGUGUUUACGAAUGUGACGUAGAUCCACCAGAUCCUUUGCACGGGUCCAUGAACUGUUCUUGGCAGAGAGAAAGUACACGUCAGUGUCUGCCGUUCUGUGAAGUGGGCUAUGCCUUCGACUCGGACUUAUUUCUGGACAAUAUCGUGUGCGGCCCGGACACCGGAUAUGAGUGGAACAUCCGGAAUGAGGAAAACCCAGACUUGCAGAUUGGUUCUUGCUCAGUAAUCAAACUUGCGGAGAAAAACACAAUGAUAUACGUCGGUGCAUACGAAAACCUCACGCUGGAAGUGGCGAGAAGCGCUCAGACAAAUGUCACGACGGUAAUACGGUCCGCGGUUCAGACGCACGUUGACGGGUUGUAUUGUGCCCAUAUGGGAUAUUGCCGUUUACGCUCACUUGACGUGACAAAUGCGGUGCCGGGUACCACUGAUAUUCAGCGGCAGCGGAGGGAUGUGCCAUUGGUUGGAUUUCAUAUUGAGAUCUCGUGCACACCCAAACAAGAUCCUAGUUGGUGCUAUGACCUUCUUGUUGAUGUCUACAACACCUUCCAGAGACUCGUCAGUGAGAGCCAAUUCUCGGUACUUAUUGAUAAUACACGGUACGACAUCGGGCCGAAUGGCACACAGGUUGACGGUGGCGUUGAAUGCCCACUUGGGACCAUACAGAUCGACUACUUCUGUGUGCAAUGUGGCCCAGGCAGUUAUCCACUGAACAACUAUUGUGAACGCUGCCCACGUGGUACAUACAAAGAAGACUAUUCCAGUCCAGGAUGCACGCCCUGUCCCCCGGACUGGACAACAGAGGGACUGCGGAGCAGGCACGCAUCAAUGUGUAAUGUUGCAGUGUCGAGCGGAAAAGACGCAGCCAAACAUUGGAUCUAUGCCGUGAUCGUGCCUUGUUUGAUGAUUGUUAUUGUGCUGACAUCUGUAGGCCUAUAUAUCUGUUCGAGACGGACAAAAAUCCAACAGACCAGCACAAUGGGUUGUCCUUGCACAUGUGAGAAGGUGAAUUCGUUGGCUUGGUAUUCCAAUAGGAAACGCAAUGACAUGUGGCGAAAAACGCAUAUCCCAGUCGCUUGGCCUGAAACAAAAGCCGAAGAUUGAAUGAACAUGUUUAUGCAGAAGAUGUGACGAUUAUUACCAAUACAUUUGGCAUAAUAUUUUACUUUUGAUCAGAUAUAUACAUGCUUAUAUAUACCUUUCUUAAAAUAUGUAUCAUCAUGUUAGACAAUCACAAUCGGCGUGAUAAUUGUGUUUGAUUUUGUAACGUAGUCCCUCAAAAGAUAAACCGUAGGUUGAGGGAGUAAUAUUGCAAAAAUAAUUUGUAAAUGCCUUAGGAGCACGGUACUCAUUCACUUAAAUAAGGCGGUCAAUAGUUUAUCUUUCGGACACUGCCUUUUGAUUAAGCAUAUUAGGUGUUUAAUAUUUGAGCUCGCUGACUGACCAAUAUGAACACGCCUAUGUAAAGUUAGUAUCCUCAAUAAUCAUUACACGACUUUUUUAUUUGAUCCAGCUGUGAUGAGUUAUUAAACGUUUUUCUGUUUAUAAA